GUCGGAUUCUCUCGAUUUCAAGACUGUUUGAAAACCUAAAGAGACCGUCGUUGUGAAUUGCAUGUUCGCGUCUUCCCCCACUCGUUUGUUACUGUCUACGAGUGAAAGAAAACUAUCUGGAUUGUCGCAUUCCCGAAGCAUAUUUAUUUCAGACCAUGUCUUGUAAACCCCACCCUCCUCUGAUGAAGAAGCACAGUCAGACGGACCUGGUGAGCCGGCUCAAGACCCGCAAGAUCCUGGGUGUGGGCGGAGAGGAUGAUGACGGAGAGGUGCACAGAUCAAAGAUCUCUCAGAUGCUGGGGAAUGAAAUCAAGUUUGCAUUGCGAGAGCCUUUGGGUCUGAGGGUGUGGAUCCUCCUCUCUGCGGUGCUCUUCACAGUCAUUGCCCUGAUGGCCCUGGUCUUCCCUAACCAACUGUACGAGGUGACGUUUGAGGAGGAGUUGUCCACUACCAACAUCUCCAUCCGCCUGUAUGGGGGAGCACUGCUCAGUCUGUCCCUCAUCUUGUGGAAUGGGCUCUACACUGCAGAGAAGGUCAUCAUGCAGUGGACUCUACUGAGUGAGGCCUGCUACUUUGCCAUCCAGUUUCUAGUGACAUCCAUCACCCUGGUGGAGAUGGGCACCUUGCCCAACGCUGCCAUCCUCCUCCUCCUCAGUCGCCUGCUCUUCCUGGUGGUCACAAUGGCCUACUACUACCACCUGGGCCGCCGGAACAAGAAGAUCUGAAACCCUGCCCGCAAGCCAGGGCCAGGGAGGGGCCCAGCUGCUCACAGAUGUGGGGAGGGAGUGGGUCAGAGUUGGAUGUCACUGUUGCAGGGCUUGGUGCAUGUACGUGUCUGUGUAUGCACCCAGCCCUAACCCCCACCGGACCUAGCCGUUAGUCCCCCCUUACAUCAAACAACAAGAGGGAGCCUAAGUCUCACAUCCUAGGCUCUACGGAGAUGAGAAGUGGCUUUGUUGUGGAAGUGAACUGAAUUUUUAUUGGACAGAAAUUGGGUCGCUCGCUCUUGAUGGCCGUUGGAGGGUUUGUGUUGAUAGGAUGUGUAGUAAGGUUGUCCCUGUAGCUUCUAGUCACAUGACUUGAUAUGUACAGAGUAAUUUGAAACACUAUUUUGUGUUAUGUACAGUAAUUUGAGUUGUUUUCUUUCUGAUUCAGUAUUCAGUGUGAUCUGUUUUGUAAAAUUGCAUUUGAAUAGGAUCGACUUGUGUCAUGUAUGUGGACCAUGAUCAACAUUUUUCGUUUUACUCAAUGUUAUGGUGUUGGUGAUGUUUUUAUUCUUGUGCACUAAAGUGAAGCCUGAAUAUCUGAGCUCUCACGCAUGUAUCUCUCUCAGUUCUCCAGUUAAUAGCAGAAUUUGAGGUUACAGACUCGAUAGCCAUUAGAAAGGUUUCAGCUAUGCCUUGUAUGGAAAAUGCGUUGACUCCCAAAUAAAACAUAUUACUGAUAGCGAGCUCACACUAUGAAGCACAGAAGGAAACCUUAGUCAGGGAUUACAAAUGUUUGUAUUCUUUAUGGGGUUUUCACCAAAGUCGUGGGUCAAGGUGACGUGUCAUUUUUGUUCACAUACGCAGAUGCGGUCAUAAGUAAUUUUCGGGAAUGUGUGUUUAUUUAACAAUGCCAAUAGAGAAUAUGUUCUGUUCUACUUUCUAAAAGCACGUCUGACCUUUUUGUGAGGCAUGUUUUUGCCAACAAGGCCCUAAUCUAGUAAAUAAUUUAUGCUCUUGAUAUGUAAACUUAUUUUGUGACACGGAGAACUUAAGUUUAGAGCAGAGGAUCUGUAUAGCCGAGUUGUCGACAGUAAUGUAGCAGACCGUCAACACAUCUGUAUUCUUGCCUUAAAACAUCUAUAAAAGACAGCCAACAAGGAGCAGCACCAUCUUGAUCCAUAUUGUCGGUAAAUUGCCUAUGUAAAUAAGUGUAUUUAAAGCUAUUUGAUGUUCUUUUGAACAGAACAGGGAACAUGACGCAUCCAUCAAUGUCAAUGUUUUUCAAAGGUUAAUGUCAGUUUUUAUUGAACAGUUCUGUCCCAAAUAUAUUCCGUUGAACUGAUUUGACAUUUUGUGUGUCUUGUAAAUCGACAUAUUUGGAAAUGGAAUGCAUGAUGGUUCCUUUUUGCACAAACAUUUAUCGUAGCAUUAUUUAGUAGCAGUUUUCUCACAGAACCGAGUAUGUGUUCUCAUUAUGGUGUAAAAGCAGAGCCAUAGCAAGGAACUUCUACGGCCGAGCUUGUGGCUUCACUUCAGAGGAGCUUGACAGAGAACACCAGCUCCCUGUGAGCUCCAUAUUGUUGUAAAUGACCA